AUGCGUCAUGCUGCUCGACAUCGCUUUGGCAUUUGCAGCAGAUCCACAACACCUGGUGCAGGACCUUCCAGGGCAGCCAGCAGUGGGAUUCAAGCACUACGCAGGCCAAAUCCAGAUCAAUGCCACUGCAGAUCGUUCACUCUUCUAUUGGUUUUAUGAGGCAGAUCAUCCAAAUGCUUCCUCAUUGCCAUUGGUGCUAUGGCUCAAUGGAGGGCCAGGGUGUUCAUCCAUUGGAGCUGGAGCUCUCGAAGAAAUCGGCCCUUUCCGUGUGAAUGCUACAGCCACAGGGUUGUUCCUCAACCCAUAUUCCUGGAACAAAGCUGCAAAUUUUAUCUUUUUGGAGGUUCCUUACAACACCGGAUUCUCGUUUACAAAUUUGCUAUCAGAUGAUGGGUUCUGGACAGACAAUCAAACAGGUCAGUAAACUUAUGAAUUUAAGUACUUUUGUAUUAUGAAGUUUUGACUGUGCAACCACAGCUGUGGAUUCGUUGUUGUUUCUCAUCGAGUUUCUAUCCAAGUUCUCAGAGUAUAAGCAGAACGAAUUUUAUAUUGCAGGGGAGAGCUUUGCAGGGCAUUUUAUUCCAACAUUGGCUUCUAAGAUUAUUGGGCAUAAUCAGCAAGGUGACAAUCCAAUCAAGUUUAAAGGAUUUGCAAUUGGCAAUCCUUCUACAGAUGACUUAUACGACGUCCCUGGUAACAGAGAGACACUCUUCGCCCAUGCGGUGAUCUCCGAGGAACUUUAUGAAGGAGAGAAGCUCUACUGUAACAAACCAAAUGCAACCGAAGAAGAAUCCAUGAAAUGCUCCAACAUCUCUUUGCAAAUCUUUACCUUGCAACUCCAAGUCAGUCCUUACAAUCUUUACUCAGUGCCGACGUGCAAUCCCUGCUUCGAUGCUGUGACAAACUAUCUCAAUCUUCCGGAAGUCCAAGCUGCAUUACACGUUCAGACCAGGCCAGUGCGCUGGACUAGAUGCAACCCAAGUAUCGACAGGAGCUACUUGCCAAUCGACAAGCAGCGGUCAAUGCUUCCAGUGUACAGAGAUCUGUUUGAGCAUAAUCUAAGAAUAUGGAUUUACAGUGGGGAUGUGGAUAGCGUGGUUUCCACACUCUCGACUCGACGCUGGCUCAAAGCACUCAACCUGAGCGUCGUGACCUCAUGGUAUGGAUGGGGGUACCCGGGCGAGGGGAUUGCCUAUCUGGGAGGGCGAGCUGAGGUGUAUGAUUCAUUGACAUUUGCGUCGGUGAGAGGUGCUGGGCAUCAGGUUCCAAGAGACAAGCCAGGAGAGGCGCUGUUUCUCUUUAAGCAUUUCAUUGCAGGGACACAACUUCCACCAGCAAAUGAUCUACUUCUUGUUAAUAGAUUGUAGAGAUCUUUGCCUAUAGAUAAAGGAUAUAUUCGAUGGAAUGCCUUCCAUCGGAGAAGCCCAAUGCCGAGACUCGCCCAUCUUCGCGUCUCUCUUGCGGAGCUCCGGAUCGGCCGCGGAGGUGGAGCGCGCACAUUCGCAGAUCGCAAGAAAUGGCGGAGAUCGCGAGACCUUUCUUGGGAAUCUGCUGGUUCAGAUGUAUGGGCGAUUUGGGCGCGUCGAGAAUGCCGCGGCUGCGUUUGAAAGGAUCGCCAUCAAGAACGUCUACUCCUGGAAUCUCAUGCUCGCAGUAUUUGCCGACAAUGGGCAUUUGGAACGAGCGAUGGAGAGUUUUGAAAUGGCGCCGGAGAAGGAUGCGUGCUCGUGGACGACAAUGCUCGUGGCUUACGCGCGCAAUGGUUUUGUGGAUCGAGCGAAGGAUCUCUUUGAUGCGAUGCCGCGGCGAGAUCUUGUGGCCUGGAACUCGAUGAUCGCAACUUAUAGCCAGAACGGGCAUCCCUGGCAAGCGAUCUCUCUGCACAGGAGGAUGAACCUCGAGGGGAUCAAGCCCGACGAGCUGACGAUCAUCAGCCUCCUGGAUUCCUGCUCGCUGGGAAUUGGCGAUCGCUCUUUGCUCGACGAGGCAAAGUCGAUACACUCGACGAUCAUCCGGCACAGCAGCGAGCUCUCCACCAGCCUCAAAGUUUGCAACGCUCUCAUCCACCUCUACGGCCGAUCCAAGCUCCUCGAGCAAGCCAUGGAGAUCUUCCAGGGAAUGGUUACCAGGGAUUGCAUCUCCUGGACAUCGAUCGUCGCGGCGCUCAACCAGAGCGGCGACUCCAAGCGCGCGCUUGCCGCCUUUCGAUCAAUGGAGCUCCACGGGAUCAAGCCCAGCAGCGUCACCAUGAUCGAGGCCCUGGACGCGUGCGCGAUCGCGGGUGCCAUAGCCGAGGGCCGGGAGCUCCACGCGAGGACGGUGGCGGCGGGCUCAUUCCUGCGAGACCUUAGCGUACGGAACGCGGUUCUUAGCAUGUACGGCAGGUGUGGCAACUUGGUGGAAGCCCGGGUGGUGUUUGAGGAGAUGGAGAUUCCCGGGCGGGACGUUGUGACUUGGAACGCGAUGGUGGCGGCGUAUGCUAGAAACGGCGCUGGAUGGGAAGCUUUCGAGCUGUUCCAGCGGAUGAAGCUCGAGGGGAUUGAUCCGGAUGGUAUCACCGUGGUUUGCAUCGUGUCGGCGUGUAGCCACUCGGGGCUGGCUCGCCAUGGUUUGAGCUGCGUCGCGUCGAUCUAUGGCGACUUUGGAGUGGAGGCGAGGGCGGAGCAUCUGAAUUGCGUGCUGGAUUUGCUGGGGCGGAUUGGGUCUAGCGUGGAGGAAGCUGGGGAUUUGAGCAGCGUGGAUGAGGUUGGAGUGAGGACUUUGCUGGGAGCUUGCCGGGUUCACGGUGGUGGUCGUGGUUUGAUUGGCUCGUCGGGAAAUUUUGGUGGUGCUUGUUCGACGGAGCGGUAUGUGAUGAUCUCCAACAUCUGUGCUCAGAAGUAGCAUUUUAUUGUUUAUCAAAAAUGUAAAUUCAAAAAAAAUCUAAUUCCACCAAGUCCAUGCAAUCUUCUUCA